UUGGGGGGAUUUGAUUGGAGGGUGAGAGAGGAGGUUUGAGAGAGGUGGGUGAGUUUAGAAUAGCCCUAUCUGGAAUUGAAUUUGGUGACAGUUUGAGAGAGAAAGGGGAACAGAGAGAACCAUAUCCUAAUUCGACGCUUUAUGCAUUCUUUUUUUUUUUUUUUAUUUUUUUGUUUGGUUGCAAUUGGGAUAGCAGAGAAUAGCAGGCAGUUGAGAAAGUGAGUGUGAGAAGAGGAAUGGAGAGCGAGCCGCAGAGUGCAGGAAAAGAUGAGGUUUUAUCGGUUGAGCUAUCAGCCCCUUCUGCUUGGAAGAAACUGUUCUUCCCUAAGAAAGUAGGAACACCAAGGAAAAGUGAGAUUGUAUUCGUAGCUCCUACUGGGGAAGAGAUCACUUCCAAAAAGCAGUUGGAGCAGUACCUGAAGGCACAUCCUGGGAAUCCUGCCAUCUCGGAGUUUGACUGGGGAACCGGUGAGACCCCUCGACGAUCGGCACGGAUUAGCGAGAAGGUCAAAUCGACCCCACCGGCGGAGACCGAGCCACCAAGGAAAAGAUCCCGGAAAUCGUCAGGUUCUUCAAAGAAGGAUAGCAAAGAAAACGAACCCGCCACUGAAGAAUCGAAACCAGAUCCUGAUGAAACUGAUAACAACAACAAAAAAAUGACUGAUACAGAGGAGAUUGAUAACAGUAAUGCUGAAGUGCAAAAUGCAACAGCUGAAAAACCUGAGGGAGGAGAAGAAGCAUUGUUGGUAGAGUCAGAGGAGAAAAUUGCAGGGGAAGCUUUGAAUACUGAGGAGGAGGUAACUGAAAAACCCCAAGAGAAGGAGGAUGUGACUGAGAAACCUGAGGAGCAGGAGGGCACUGAAAAACCCCAAGAAGUGGAUGAGGCAGGAACUGCAUCAGGAAAAGAAAAUGGGAAAGUUGAUGACAGUAAGCAAGACAUAGCAGAUAGUGUGAUUCCUGAUGCGAAUGGAGGUGCUGAGAAAGUGAAGCUGAACGAAGAUGUUGAGGAAAAGAACGGUACAACAGAAAUCCCUGUAAGUGAUGGAAAGAACAGCAUUCAAGCUGAGGAGCAAGUAAAUAAAAUGGUUGACAACGGACAAGUUAUUUGGAGCUGUGCUCAGUGAAAGUUGUUGUUCAUCUUGUAGUGUAAGCUGUGCUUAAAUGUAUCUUACUGAUAUAGGUGGUGACUUUUGUAAUGUUAUUUGAGUUGCUGUAGUUGUUUUAUGAGCUCCUGGAUUAUUGUAGUUCUGUACUAUUUCUUCAGAUUUGGUUGUAUUUAGGAUGAACAUCAAACGCGUAUCUCUCCUAGACUAGAUCUUUUGGGUUAUGAACCAUCGUUGUAGGCUUUUGGCACACAUUUCUGUUAGGAAUUAAUUGUUUUUAACUGUUCCAUUUCUUCA